CAGGAAGGUCCUCUCCAGCCGGCUCUUUCUUUGGGUACCUCUCGCAGCGCGGUCGAUCUUCUUCUCCUUCGAGCUUCACCAAUCUGCCAAGAUGGUGACGCCUCUCAUCAAGCGCGAUGUCGUCAAGAAGCGGGUCAAGAAGUUCAAGCGCAUGCAGUCUGACCGCAAGAUUUGCGUGAAGACGAAUUGGAGGAGGCCAAAGGGUAUCGAUUCUAGAGUUCGUCGUAAGUUCAAAGGCACUACUUUGAUGCCCAACAUUGGUUACGGCUCAAACAAGAAGACGAGACAUGUGCUCCCAAGUGGAUUUGUGAAGUUUUUGGUUCACAAUGUGAAGGACGUGGAGCUUCUGUUGAUGCACAACAGAAAAUACAGCGCUGAAAUCGCACAUAAUGUAUCCACCCUGAAGAGGAAGGCUAUCGUGGAGCGUGCAGCCCAGUUGAACAUUGCAUUGACCAACGGAAGCGCCCGCCUUCGCAGCCAAGAAGACGAAUAAAUCAUAGGACUUAGUGCAGUUCUCUGACGUCUUCCGUAAUGCGAAAUCUAUCUAUUCUAAGAUGCAUCAUAAAGAUCUGGAGAUUGCGUCUUUCUUCCUUCAAUAUGACGUCAGAUAUACUUUUUGGGCCGCGAGAUAUCUGUUCAAGUAAUUUUAUGAAAUGUUAGUUAUUGCUACGAGGGUUGUAGUUGUCAAUUGUCACGAGUGCAGGAACCCGGAGAUUGUAACAAUGUCUUUAACAGCUUUGAGAGGAAUGCCUGGUCCAUCGGGAAUGCUAAUCACUUACCAAUAUGUGUGUAUUCGUCCAAUUCAGCCUUUCAUGUCAGCACAUCAUCCAGCAGGUGUCCACAUCCAUACGCUCAAAGCGGGACACAUGUGUGUAAUGAAUGAACAUUAGUGUGAAUGGGGCUUCGAUUGAA